CCUCUCAUCAGGUGCCAUACACUGUAGCACACCUGUGCUCUUAAUGAGGAUAUAGACAACAGAAAAAUGGAAGGAUAUGCGCUGAGGAAACCCUUCUAUUCCCUUAAAACGCAGGGCUUGCCUGUUAUUAACCAGAAGCGCACUAAAAAGAAGCAAGGGAAACACUCGAGAUGAUUCACUUGAUGUGGCAAUCGGACCUACGAAGCUGGAUUGUCCAUGCAAAGACGGGAUGAGAGUGUCAUUCAUGGUAAAUCUUGUCGUAACAGAAGCAAAAAAGGUGAACGCUCCUGCCGAAAGAGAAGGAAAGAGGAGAGCUCUUAUGUACAGAACAGUGACGCUGAUAUCGCAUGUGGGGGUCUCUGUCUCUUUAAGCUAGCUGCACAUCACUGCGGAGUGUGGGUGCUGCAGUACAGACCGACAGAGGGCUGGAAAAGCGUUGCGCUCACAGGAAUCGAACCAUGGAGGGAAAAGGAGCACCUCAGGGCCGGGAGGUCCGAGCAAAGUGAGAGGCGACAGAGCAUUAGCGGGGUGAGGAGUACCGGUGGAGGGGUGGCAGAGCGAGCGCAGAAGGGGCUAUUUAUUCGAAGCGUGGCACCGGUGGCAGAGUGGCUACGCUGGGAUGGCAGAGGGGGGCCAUGGGCGGGCUGGCGUUGGGGCAGCCCUCUGGGGGACAGGGGCAGGCGGGGGCAGCAGAGAAGAGCCAGCGAGGGUUACGGGACGAUGCCCUCCAGAUGGUGCCACCAUGCUCCAUCCAUGGCACAGGUAGCGCCCGGGCAAGACGGAGGGCGCAGGGAGACGGCGGUGGAGGGCCGGUCCAGGAGUGUGGAAGGCGUCACGGUGGGGAGAACGUUCCUUGGUCAGGUGUCUCUUCGUCUGGAGGAGGUGCGGGGGGACUCGGAGGGGGAAGUCAGCAGCGCCUGCUUUGGGCAGGUGUCACGCCGGCUGGGACGACUUUUGAAGAGGCUGCCCAAGUCCCGAUCGUGGAGUGAUGGCCUGAGGAUGCUUCGGAGAUCAGCUUCCAAUGGGUCAUUGCUCCCCACCUCAGACUGCACCUACACUUGCCAUCUGGAGUGUGAGAGACAAGUCCAGCUGGACUGCAACCAACGAGACAAUAAGCCCGAAGAAACACAAUUUCCCAGAAGCCGCUGCUCCACUCCCAAACACAAAAAGAGUGAAGCAAAGGAGGAAGAGGAAGGGGGUGUAAAAGACCUUCCAGAAGAAGAGGUGCGCACCAGGAUAGAAGAAUAUAACUCCCGGGUGUCAGAGAAUGGCAUGAAACUAGCCUCAGACGGUUCUUACACAGGUUUCAUCAAAGUCCAUCUGAGGCUUAGUCGACCCGUCACAGUGCCAGCUAUGGAUGUGCCCGUCCCGGGAGGCCCUGAUGGCUCACCAUCAGAGGGCCGAGACUGUGGGCAGGGUGAGGACCGAACCUCCUUUUACCUCCCCUGUGACUGCGUGAAACAGUUGCACAUCAGUUCCACGACCACAACCAGAGAGGUGAUCCAGGGCUUGCUGAAAAAGUUCAUGGUGUUGGACAACCCUCGCAAGUUUGCCUUAUACAGGCAAACGCAUCGUGAUGGACAAGAUUUGUUCCAGAAACUUCCUCUGUGUGAGCGUCCCCUUCUUCUCAGACUGUUAGCAGGGCCUGACCCGGAGCGGCUCAGUUUUGUCCUCAAAGAAAACGAGACUGGAGAAGUGGAGUGGCACGCCUUCUCAGUCCCGGAGCUUCAAAACUUCCUGGUCAUCCUGGACAAAGAGGAGGCGGAGCGCGUGCGAGCCGUGCAAUCUAAAUAUACAAUGUACAGACGCAAACUACAGCAAGCUCUCCAGCAGCACGACCCCUGACCCCUGACCCCGCCCCCCACCCCAAACCUGGUACUAUGUGACCUCAAAGCAGGGAGAGAUUUAACCCUUUCAACACUGAACACCCAUCACCGCUCCAGAGAGACGCCAUCCUUUAAGACGGCUUGGAGACGGAGCUGAGCUCGUCUACGCAUGUACACACAAACGCACACAGCCUUUCUCAGGACACACAUAUCUAUAUAUAUACACCCCCACCUUGCUCCCUCUUUCAAGAGCUCCAGGAGACUAGGGGUAUGUGGACUUACUCAAGAACCCAAGGGACUACAAAGUGUUCUGUUGCAUUUAAAAUGACCAUCUCUCCUUCUACUGCUGCUACUGCAAAGUGUUACUUAUGCAUGAGUCUCUCUCAGCUCCCCCAACAUACCUAAACAACCCAUUUAGAAUGACGAAUCGAACGCAUGAUUAUCCUUUGCGGAAUCUCUUCAGAAAGAAAGGACAAUCAUACCAAGUGUGUGUUUUCCUUCAUUGAAAUGUUGACUGAUGUGCAAGAAUCUGGUGUUGGAUUUGUUGCUUGAAUAGAAGAUGUGGGCUCGGGAGGGAGGUGAAGGUUCAGGGGCCAUAUUGAAAUACAAAGCUUUAACAAAAAAAAAAGCUUUAAAAAACAAUCUAAUCAAUCUUGGCAUUCUGGAUUGCCGCUUAAGCAAGUCUAUCCUGCUCAGUGGCAUAGGGGUUUAAAAGUGCGUACGGAGACCCAGCCGAAUGUCUACGGUCCACCUGCAAUUGAAGACAUUUCGUGACUCAAAAACACUUUUCUGUGCGUUUGACGAAUAGGAUGUUUGCACCAAACUCAGAGGAACACAUCCAACUUGAUGAUUUUAAAAUGUGGGAAAUACAUUUGUACGCUUUUUUUUUUCAUUUAAAAGUGGCGUGCACACCGACUGGCCACAACAUCAGGCACAGAGGUCCACGGCAAGAAGAGCUGUAUUGGAAAUUUUUGAUCGACACGUUCAGCGAGCUUGGCAGAGUGCUGUUUAUUUAACAAAUACUUUCCAUUGUCCAUUGUAGUCAUCAUAAUCAGAGCUGCAUCAUCUAACGACACAUAAUUUGUUGGAUCACAACACGGUUAUUAAAACGCUCGUAGCUGGUUUGCCAUUGAACAAUACAACCAGUUUGGUCUGACUCUGCUGACUGAAAAAAACAACAACAAAACCAGUCUACUCAAGGAUUAGGCAGGGAAAAAAAGGGGGGGGCCACCGCAGUAGUGUGGAGUACCUAUACUAGUCUUCAGAGUGAAAGCGUAAUGGUGCAAGAGCAAAUUGGCACGUAGGUACAGUAUAUCUAUCCUUGAAUCUGAGUGCUGCAGCUGACCAAGUGCUUUUAAGUGUGGAAAAGUAGAGACUUUGAGCCAUAUAGGUACCUCCGCUGCAUGGAAAAUGUUCUGGUCCGUCAGUUUGUCACUCUCAUGCAGAUGGCUUCCACGUGUAUUAAAAAGAAAAAAGGGGGGGGGGGAGGGAAUCAUCAUAUAAGGUUAUGAUGCGCCAAUGAUGGGUUUGUGAUGCAUACUAUGUGAUACCAUAAGUAGACACUGGAAAAUGCUUUUUUGUUGUUGUUCUGAUGAUGAUUAUCAUCAUUCUUUUGGCAUCAUCGUGCGUGUGUGGAGAUAAUGUGAAAACGGUCGUCUUCUUUUUUGAUUCUUUGGACUUUCUUUCGCAUACGCUCUUGGCCAUGCUUAUCAAAAUGUGCAUUGUGUGCAUGAUUGCAAUUGAGUUGGAUAGAUGAUGAAUUUGACUUCAAUUGAUCUUUUUUUUUUUAAUCGAUUUUAUUCAACCAAAGAAUUUUAUAUAUUUUCACACAUACAGUAUAAAAGAAAUGAACAAUGAGGCCACACCAUGAGUACUUUGUUGGCCUAAUACCAUAGUUGUGUAAGGUAAAUUUGAACAUUUUGGGAAAACAAGAAAAAACAUUGUUUCAAUUUUUGCGGAUUAUCACAACCUGGAUGACGUUUUUUUUCGCAAGCACAUUGGUAUUUUCCUCAUAGUUACAAAUAAUUUCAAAAUGAUUUUGGCAAUUUUGCUACGAAGCUAACGAUUUGCUCCUCAGUGAACAUCUGAUCCCGCAAGCAGUGCCUUUCGUUUCCUAUGUCCCCGCAUAACCGUUCAUGUACCCGACGGAUGGACAGCGCGUCCCUGUACACAGGUGCCUCAGUGUUUGUAUGCGUGCUUUUGACUUGUGUGCACAUCAUUUGCUUUUCUUUGAGGUAGUGUUACGUGACUUUACUUUCUCCCAUGCUGUCCUUAGACUCAUUCGUCAUUCCAACCAACCGUGUGCGCAUGUGCGUGUCUGACUGACUGUUAUUUAAUUUUAAGCUCAAGGGUUGAGGCGUGGUCCUUUUUGGCAACUCAUUUUGUUUGACUUGAAGCGUGUAAUAACUAUAUCAAUAGAGAUGUACAGACUAUCAGACUAAAAUAAUAAAAAGUUAUUCCUUUUAUGGAAAUCA